GCGCUGCUGCUGCCGCUUCUGCUUAUUUCUGGUUCGCUUCGCCUCCGCGGAUCCCGAAAGGAGAGCGGUAGGGGUCGAAGGCGGCUGCGGCCCCAGUCUCUCCGUUCGGAGUGGGAAUCCGUCGCCGGAUCUGCGAGCUAUGCUUCGGAUCGAGCUUUUCUCGACAGAUCGGCGAACCUUUGCCCGGAAAAUUCGUUGAGCCGCUUCCUCCGGCGAUUCCUAGGGUUUGCUGGACUGUGAUAUCCGCCGCUUUUUCCGGGCGUGCUUCCAGGUCCAGAUCUGGAUUCCAGUUUGCUGUCUCCGUUAGUAGGCAGGCAAUGCACCUUUAAUCUCGGGAUUUCAUUGAAAAUUUGUGGCUUUUCCGAGCACUUCUCAAUAUUCUGGCACAAUGUGGAAGCAACUUCUCAGUAAAAUACCUCGGAAGUCCUCCAAAUCUGAUACGUCUUCUGGUUCUCUUCGUGGCCAUGGCGGCAGCAAUGGUGUGCCUCGGGGGGACGGGAACCAGAUCCAGCGGACAAGCAGUGGUAAUGUGCUUCCUUCCCGGGCAACCACAGUGAAGAGGACAGCUUCCGCUAUCUUCCCUUCUAGUGUUGUCACCAGCAUCGAACCGCUGCUUACAUUCAAGGAUGUUCCUGCUGCAGAAAAGCAGAACCUUUUCCUCAGCAAAUUGAGCCUCUGUAGUGUCAUCUUUGAUUUCUCAGAUCUAAACAAGAAUUCGGAGAAGGAAAUGAAACGGCAGGCGCUGCUCGACCUCAUUGAUUAUGUUGAUUCAGGGACCUCUAAGUUCACCGAACUGAUUAUCUCCUCUAGCUGUAGGAUGUUUGCUGCUAACUUGUUUAGGGCCUUCCCUCCGAACAACCGAACCAGCACUAGUAGCGGGGAGACUGAUGAGGAAGAACCAAUGUUUGAUCCUGCAUGGCCCCAUUUACAACUUGUUUAUGAUUUGUUGCUGAAGUUCAUAGAGUCCUCAUCGUUCGAUGCUAAAAUUGGAAAGAAAUAUGUAGAUCAUUCAUUCAUUGUGAAAUUGCUCGACCUGUUUGAUUCAGAGGACCCCAGAGAAAGGGAUUGCUUGAAAACCAUCUUGCACAGAAUCUAUGGAAAGUUUAUGGUACAUCGCCCCUUCAUACGAAAAGCAGUCAACAAUGUAUUUUACCGGUUUGUUUUCGAGACGGAUAAGCAUAAUGGGAUUGCAGAAUUGUUAGAGGUUUUUGGUAGCGUAAUCAGCGGGUUUGCACUGCCAUUGAAGGAGGAGCACAAAAUAUUUUUGACGAAAGCUCUGUUACCUCUUCAUAAACCAAAGACACUAGGUGUUUAUCUUCAGCAACUAACUUACUGUGUGACACAGUUUGUGGAGAAAGAGCCUAAAUUGGCAAAUGGAGUGAUAAAAGGCCUAUUGAAGUAUUGGCCGAUAACAAGUAGCCAGAAGGAAGUUAUGUUUUUGAGCGAGUUGGAGGAAGUAUUGGAGGCGACCAACAUGGUGGAUCUCCAGGAUUGUGUGGUUCCAUUGUUUCAGAGAAUUUCCUUAUGUGUCACCAACUCACACUUCCAGGUUGCAGAGAGAGCCCUAUUCUUGUGGAACAAUGACCAUGUCAUUAGUCUGGUUUCACAAAAUCGACAAGCAAUCAUGCCUUUGAUUUUCCCAGCUCUAGAAAGGAACAUCCAAUGUCACUGGAAUCAAGCUGUUCUCAACCUAACACAAAAUGUGAAGAAAAUGUUAUCAGAGAUGGAUCCAGAACUCUAUUUGGCUUGCGAAAGGCGGCACGAGGAGGAUGAAGAGAAUAGGAAGGCAACGGAGGAGAGACGGAGGAUGGUUUGGGAGCAUUUGGAGACUAUCGCAUCGUUCCAGUCAGUAACUGGGAACACACCUGUACUGUGAUCGUGAAAAAGUAGAGCUUCAAAACGACUGCAAGAGUCAACUGGAGCAGAAAUAUUCCGGCGACGAUUAGGAACCACCUCUCCCCAGAUGACACAAUGUGUGUGCGAAGAUUAAGCGCGACAAAGGUUGCGGACAUGAACCCUGCAGCGCAGACGGUCACCCAUCUGAAGAUUUCCACAGGUACAAUGAAGAGGCACUGCAAGGAUACAUACAGUAGGCAGUAAGACGAUGGAUGAACAAGCAUAAUCAUUUAGUUACACAGUUAACUGUGAACGGAA